UGAAGAACUUGGAAACUGGUAGAAGCACUCCAGGAGUAAAGAUGUUUUUUGACCGUGAAAUAGUCAAUGUGGAAGUUCUGGAUGAACCAGACUCAGGGAAGGGAACAGCAAUGAUGUCAGAGUGCACUUCAGCUCUUGAAGGGAACAAACAAGCAGAGACAGGACCAGCACACUGUGGCUCAUGGAGUUCUUGCAUUUCCCUAGAGAGCCAGCUCAGAGCCUCAAAUAGCUUAAAACACUCCCUCUCAGGUAAUAAGGAAGAAGAGAAUGUGGAGUACACAGUUGUCGAUUGUUUCCAGCAGAAAUUUGGCCCAGCAGUGCUGCACUUAAAACAGCAGUGUGUUGUCAGUAUAGCAGGAGAGGGUGUUAAUUUGUGUCGUCAUGGAAAACUCUCAUGGCUUGAGAUAGCAACAAAGAGCCGUAUUUUUCUAUUUGAUAUCUUUCUUCUGGGACCUCAGGCCUUCAAAAACGGUUUACAAAUGGUGCUGGAAGAUAAAAACAUCUUGAAGGUCAUGCAUGACUGCCGUUGGAUGUCAGACUGCCUCUUUCACCAGUACGGUGUCCUUCUCUUCAAUGUCUUUGAUACACAGGUUGCUGAUGCUCUGCAGUUCUCAAUGGCAACAGGUGGCUUCCUUCCGCACCAUGUCUGCACAUUACAGGAGUGUUUGAUGCAGCACUUGAAGAUACCUACCAAAUGGGAUGCCAUCAUGAAGUGCAGGCAGCAGGUGGCUUCAGGUUUAAGAGCAUGGUACUAUGCAAUGGUCAAAUUGCUGUGGUUAAGGAUAUUUUGUCACACCGUCUUGGGAGACAGAUACAAGCUUUUGUUGGCAUCAGUGCUUAUGCUGGAAUUUCCUAAUAGCUCCUUUGAAAUUGAGAUUUUUGAAGAACCACAAAGCUUGUACAAUAGAGGACAUAUAGAACUUGGAUGGGGACAAGCAAGGGAAAACUUAAUGGCCCAGGAGCUCUUAAGAUUUGGGGAAU